AUAAUUUAUACGAAGAUUCUGUGAUUUCGAUUACUUUUAAGAAAAAAAGAAAACAAAGCAUCGUCAUGUCGGCGGUGGGAUGGUACGGCCCUCUGAUCGACCUGUCGAGCGCGGAGUCACAUCUCGACGAUGGCGGCGGCGGCGGCGGCGGCUUCGUCCAGCUCCUCGUCUUCGUCCGCCACUCCCAACCCAUCCUGAAACCGAAUGGUUCGAAUGCGGGGGCGUUACUAAAGACUAUGAUUCAGGUUGCAGAUGAUACGAGGUCGAGCUUCUUCGUAUCUGUUUGGUCAAAGCACAUGGGAUCGAUGAUCGUCGCAGGCGACAUUAUAUUGCUGCAGAAUGUUAAAAUUGUAAGAUUCAGAAACCUCACGGAGGCUAAAACUGUCCAGAUCUCGACACUUCAAGUCGUCGCACAUCGUGACCGGUUAAUUGCGUGUAAAGAUUAUACAGGAAGCGAUGACCUAAUACGAAAUGUUAAAUUGGGGGAGGCCUCGAGAGAAAAGUUUCAGAGGGUAUUAAAAUGGGUGCUGCAUACUGAAUCGGCGCUUCAGCACGUCGGACAGAAAAAAUUAAAAAACUGGACAGCAGUUGAUGAAAAGAAAUCAAAGAACUGUUCCUCAAUCUCAGAAUUGUUAUGCCUCUCCAGUGCGUGCAAUGCAAACAUUUGUGCCUGCGUUGGUGAUAUCUUUUUGACAUUCGCCUGGAAUCCUGGUGAAAAAGAGCAACAAUUUGCAUGCAAGAGACUACAGAUGAACAAUAAGAUUGUGGAAGACCUUAUAACUAGUGGAUGCAAGCUAUGUGGCUUCCCAGUAGAUACCAGAUAUCCGCUGUACUGUCAGAGCAGCUCGAAGUAUCUUCAUGAUGUACGCCAGAUAUAUCGACCAUUCAUGCUGUAUGUUUGGGACCAAACAGGACAAGUCCCUCUGCUUGUGAGGAACAAAGCUGCCGAGAUCUUAUUCGCAAAUGUUACCGCUGAGGACGUCUUCAAAUGCUUCUUCGAAGACACAAAACAAAGUUCCUUACUAGGGGAAACUUUGGAGCCAGGAUUGUCGAAAGGGGUGGAACUUGUAGAUGCCAAACAGAAACAGAGCAUGGAAGGCAGUGUGACUAGAAAGAAACACAACUUUUAUCUUAUUUGGCGAAUCUUGAUUAAAGUUCUGCUGCGACAAGGUAAGAACAGCCCUUUCAGAUUCACAAUUUCUGUGGAUUCUGAGAAGGGUGUUGAGAAUGGCAGGUUUGAAUUAGUUUCAGUUGUAAUGAGUCAUGGACUCAUUCAGACCUAAACUACAAAAUUUUGGUGCAAAAUAGUAAAUGCAAGAGACCAACACAAUGAUGCUGUUGGAAAUUAAUCAACCAACAUCAUGUUCUUUGUCGAUAGGAGAUUCUACUCAUCAUUGCUUAGAUAGUUUUGGUUUUACCCAGCAUAAUUUUUUUCCCUUUUU